AUGUUUAUCGCAACCGAAUACCAAAGCCUGGUGGACAAGAUCAAUAAGCUCAAGCACCACCGCCUGAACCAUGUCCUCAGCGUGCCGCAGAUAGCCAUCGUUGGUGACCAGUCCAGCGGCAAGUCGAGCGUCCUAGAAGCCUUUACUAAGCUCCUCUUUCCGCGCGACAAGGGCAUGUGCACCCGCUUUGCAACGCAGGUGAAUCUAUGCCGUGAUUUUUCCCUAACCAAGGACACCCUAUCGGCUCGAAUUGACGGCCAGGAAGCGUUCAAUGAACGGCACAAGGCCAUCCAAGUGGACCAGUUCCAUGAUGUGAUUGAGGAGGCUGUUUCAUUGCUCUGCACCACCAGCGAUAUCAGCGACAAGGUCCUCGAACUGACGCUUUCCGGUCCCUCCCAGUCGCCUCUAACGAUCGUCGACCUACCCGGGUUCAUCAACACCACGUUGGACGGCCAGGACAAGAACAUCCCCAUAACAAUCCGCACCAUGAACGAACGCUAUAUGAAGGAUCCACGCACCAUCAUCCUGGCUGUUGUCCCCGCCAAUGUCGACCUCAACAACUCGUAUGUUCUGGCCCGGGCCGAGGAGCAUGAUCCCAAGAACGAGCGCACGGUUCCGAUUGUCACUAAACCAGAUAUGAUCGACAAGGGCACCCUUCCGGAACUCAUUGACAUGGUCCUCAACAACCGAAAGAAAAUGAAGCUUGGCUAUUUGGUGAUGCGCAACACUGGGUAUGCCGAUAUGGAUCUCUCCUGGGACGAUGCGCGCCAAGCGGAAGAUGACUUCUUUGCUCGGGAUAAGGAGUGGCAGUUGGUACCCAAGUCGAACAAGGGUCGCGUCGGCGUUAAGAAGUUUCUCGGCGACUUACUGCAUGCCCACAUCAAGAAGGAGCUUCCUCUGCUCAGGCGCGAGGUGAUCAACAAGACUGACGAGCUUCGACGGGAACUUGAAGGCAUGGGUGUCCGUAUUGCCACCAACCACGAGGCUCGUAUCAAGUUUGCGGAUCUCACAAUGCAGCUUCAGUUGUCCCUUUCUAGCACCUUGACCGGCGCCUACUCUCAGGAGUACAUGGACAAGUUCAAGGACGAUGACGAUGGUAGCGAUGAUGAGGAGCAGGAGGAGAGCCUCCGCUUUAUUCGGUCGUCACUAUACAAGCUUUACCAAGGCUACAAUGCUGCCAUGGCCGAGCACAACUUCCAAAAGCUGGAGACAAGCGACAUUGUGGCGAUGGCAACCCGCUUCAAAGGCAACGAGCUCCCCGGCUUUGUUCCAUUUACAACUUUCGUCAAGUUGUUCAGCGGCACACAUACAACUUGGAGGACGCUAACCAAGGAGCACAUCACCAAGAUGCACCAGUAUCUAUGCAAGGCCAUCAAAGCGUUCCUCGUCUAUGCUAUCGAGCAUCAACCUGUGCGUGAGGUUUUUCUCGACGUCUUUCUCACGUUUUACAGCAAGCAGGUCAAGCUGAUCAAUGCCGCCAUCGAGGACAUCUUUGAGGACGAGGCCCUGCCAUUUACUUUCAACAAGUACUACUAUGAUACGAUCCUCAAGAUCCGCGCUGACAAAGUUCAAGAUCAACUGGACAAAAAAGAUAGGCAUGUAAACCAAUAUGGACAGUCAGUCGUAUUAGCCAGCCAUUUGACGGCACCCUAUACAGAUGCUGACUCCAACGAGGAAAAGGCGGCCGAGGAGUUGGGCGAGCAGGUGCAGGCCUACUGCAAGGUGGCGCGCAAGCGCAUUGUCGAUGUUGUACUGCUGCAGACCCUCGAGCGCCAUAUGGUUAGGCAUAUUGGUCUGUACUUCAAGGAGUUGAUCAAGGUGGACGACAUCAAACUGACUUGCCUGAUCGAGUCGGACGAUGACAAGCGCCGUCGCGAGAGCCUCGAGGACCGGAUCGAGAUCUUGGAUCGCAGCCUAGCCGAGCUCUAA